AUGGCCAUCAACAAGCAGCGGCUCGAGAAGAUCAAGGCUCGGCAGGAAGUGAUGCACAAGGUUUCCGCAGAUGCGCAGGAAGCGAUCGCAAAGGAGUUGCAAAAAGCCGACGUUGGCAAGAAGUUUGUCACGCAACUGCUUCUUCAGGGCAUGCUGAUGCUGCUGGAGAGCGAGGUAGUUGUGAAGUGCCGACAGGCUGACCAAGCGGUGGUGCAGCAGUGCCUCAAGGAAGCCUCUGACCAGUAUGCCAGCAUCAUCAAGCAGGAGACUGGUGCCACAAAGGCAUGCAAGCUGACGAUCGACACCAGCUUCCUCCCACCUGCUCCGGUGCCCGGCAAGGAUGGCCCCUCGUGCCUCGGCGGAGUGGUGCUCUCGUGCCAAGGUGGGAAGAUCUCUGUAGACAACACCAUUGACACCCGACUCGGCUUGGUCAUGGAGCAAGCGAAGCCAGCCAUCCGUGGCUUGCUUUUCCCCGCCAAGUAG